CCAAAAUUUUCGUCCUGAAAGGUUAGAACAUGAAAAUUCACCAUGUUAUUCAACUUCAGAAAGCUGGAUAUUAGACACAGUGUCUAGAUGAAACAGAGUUGAUCUCUUUGGGAAGAAAAAAGUAAAGAUACUCAUAAAGAAUUUUUGAAACACCUCCUGGGAAAUUUAGAUGUUUCCUAGUCAGUAAUGUGUAAAUGGGAUUUUAAAGCUUGAUUAUUUGGAAUUUUUAACAAUCAAUAUGUAGAGCUUUUUUAAUGCAGUAGAAACAAUAAAUUGAAGCAUGUUCUCACAGACAAUAACAAACAGUGAUAUUUUUACUUUUAUAAUAAUAUUAUUUGUGGAAUUAGUAAUAGGAAUCUUAGGAAAUGGAUUUAUAGCAUUAGUGAAUAUCAUGGACUGGACCAAGAGAAGAAGAAUUACUUCAGCGGAUCAGAUUCUUACUGCUUUGGCCCUUACCAGAUUGCUCUUUGUGUGGUUUAUGAUCAUUUGUAUAUUGAUAUCCAUACUGUGCCCACAUUUGCUUACAAGAUCAAAAAUACUUAUAUCAAUGGGUGUUAUCUGGGUAGUGAACAAUCAUUUUAGCAUUUGGCUUGCUACAUGCAUUGGUGUCUUUUAUUUCCUCAAGAUAGCCAAUUUUUCUAAUUCUUUAUUUCUUUACCUAAAGUGGAGAGUUAAAAAAGUGGUAUUAGUGAUAAUACUGGUAUCACUGAUUUUCUUGACUUUAAACAUUUUAUCUUUAGGGAUGUAUAAUCAGUUCUCAAUUUAUGUUUAUGAAGGAAAUAUGUCUUAUAAUUUGGGGGAUUCAACACAGUUUCCCAGAAUUUUCUUGUUCACCAACUCAUCCAAAACUUUCUUAAUCACCAACUCAUCCCAUGUUCUCUUACCCAUCAACUCCCUGUUCAUGCUCAUACCCUUCACAAUGUCCCUGGUAGCUUUUCUUAUGGUCAUUUUAUCACUAUGGAAGCAUCACAAGAAGAUGAAGGUCAAUGCCAAACGACCUAGAGAUGCCAGUACCAUGGCCCAUAUUAUAGCCUUGCAAACUGGACUCUCCUUCCUGCUGCUAUAUACAAUAUACUUACUUUUUAUUGUCAUAGGAAUGUUGAGCCUUGGGUCAAUUGGGGGGAAAUUAAUAUUUUUAUUAGACCACAUUUCUGGAAUUGUAUUUCCUAUAAGCCACUCAUUUGUGCUGAUUCUGGGAAACAGAAAGCUGAGACAAGCCAGUCUUUCUGUGCUGCAUUGUUUGAGGUGCUGGGACAAAUAUGUGGACACCAUCAGUCCCUAA